UGCUGCCGAUUAUGAGGGAGACGAAAGAAAUCAAAAUGUUAAGAGAAGAAAUGCAUUUAUUUUUAUGAAAAUAGAAAAAUACUUCGCUAAAGGAUACAGCUUACAAAUGAUCCUACAUCUGCUGCGAACCAAUUGGAAUAUAAAUAUCUCUCGGCGAACUUUUUCUAGAAUUUUAAACAUGUUAAACUUAAAGAGAAAAAACAUUAAUGAAAGUCCGUAUGCGGAAUUGGUGACUGCUAUUCUUUUGGAACUCGAAGGAAGUGGUUUUAAUCUUGGAUACAGAGCAAUGUGGAAACGAUUAAAAAAAGUUUAUAAUUUAACUGCAAAACAGGAAACAAUAAGGAUAUUACUCGGUGGAAUCGAUCCGGAUGGAGUUGAAGGUCGACGUAGAUAUCGUUUAAAGAGGAGAGUAUACAGUGCUCCUGGUCCCAAUCACAUUUGGCAUGCCGACAACCACGAUAAAUUAAAAAGAUUCGGGUUUCCAAUAUACGGUUGCAUAGACGGUUUUUCUAAAAAAGUUAUUUGGUUGCGUGUAUCAAGGACAAAUAAUAAUCCUAAUGUAAUUGGUAGCUAUUAUUUAACAGCUAUUGAAAAACAUGGAUUUCUUCCUACAUUAGUAAGGGCGGAUAAUGGCACGGAAGCGACACUCAUGGAAGACAUGCAUAUGGCUCUGCGAUAUCACCAUGACGAUGAAUGUGCUGGGAUUAAAAGCUUUAUACGCGGAAAAAGUACAAGGAAUCAACGAAUCGAAUCGUAUUGGCGUCAAUUUCGACAGCACAUGGGGGAGUUUUACAUGCAACUUUUUAAAACAAUGGAAGAGGAAAAUUUAUUUAGAGCCGACUCUCCACUGCAUAUCGAGUGUUUGCGUUAUUGUUUUGGUAAACUAAUACAAGAUGACAUGGAGUUGACCAGAAAGGAAUGGAAUGAACACCGAAUCCGUAAGCAAAAUAAUCGUGAUGUUGCUGGUGGAAUACCGGAUGAGAUGUUCAAGUGGCCAGAGAAUUAUGGCGCAGUUCGAUGCGAAAAGCAACUAGAUUUGGAAAGUCUGCAGUGUCUAAAAGAGUAUGUGGAAGAGCCCAUUUUAAUUUCACCUGUUUUCAAUGAAUUAGUGAAACUUCUCGACAUUCGAAUUAGUGAAGUGGUAACAGCUGAAGAUGCUUUUAAUUUAUAUUUAACAAUAUUAAGGGCUAUUAGUAGUGAAUUGGGAGAGGUAGAUGUAUUAUUAUUGUAA